GGAUAGCUUCUCUGUCCACAGCCUCCAAGAGAACACUCGUCCUUUUUCCGAAAAGGAUUUCACAGCCUGAAUCAGCUGAUAACAGCUAGGGCUUGGCUCACAUGAUACCAAUGCCAUUAAGAAUGGCCCAUAAUUUUGUAUAUGAAACUUAACACAUGCUUAAAUUAGAAGCAUAGGACAACUUCACUCUACCUUUGUCAUCCCGCAGCACUAUUCCUUGGUUUGGCAUUUGAGUAACUUGUGCGUGUUUCCUACAACUUAUAACAUUGAACGUCAAGGCUUUUACAUAGGUCAUGAUACUUUCCACAGAUGAAGCGGUUUGAGAAAAAACCACCUCAUUUCUGUUCCUCCACGCACUGUACAAAGCAAUGAUCUUGAGACACCCUUUGCUUACCCAUUCUCGUUUAAGCUUAUUCUCAAUCACAUCAGGAAGUAAGAUAAGCUUAGUUCCCACAUCUGAGAUGAUAAAUUGUACAAGCCAACUGCUUUCUAAACCCCAAGAUGAAGUUAACAGAAAAAUCUUGAAGUUGCCAACAUUAAUUUUGGAUCAAAAGGAUAAAAUGUUUUCAAUGUUCCACUCUAAUAAUGGGUUGGUUGAAGAUCCAUGGGUUGUUGAGAGAGAAAAAGCUAUGAUCAACCCUUGGACGUCAGAGGAGAGAAAGAUUUUCUCGGAGAAAUUUGAAGCCUUUGGAAAAGAUUUUCGAAAAAUUGCUUCUUUCCUUGAUCACAAGACAAUUGCUGACUGUGUUGAAUUCUACUACAAAGAUCAUAAGCCCAAUUGUUUAGAGAAAGAUAAGAAGAAGAAGAAGAAGAAUAAGAAGAAGAAAAAGGGUUGUAAGAAUCAAAAGUCAAAAACAGUCAAAACUGUCGUGAAGGUAUUGGGUAAAAAAGGGAACCAUAAAGCAAAUGUUGAUUCACAGAAGAAAUCAAUGAUGGUGUGCGGCACUGUAGCUAAUCAAAGAACACGUUCAGGAAGACUCCUCCUCUGGAGGAAAUCCAAUGAAAGCGAGAGGCUUGCAGCUGAUGCAUUGGUUGGUAUGUGUGAUUCUCUUUCACUUGAGGCUACAAGGCCACCAUGCCAACAACCUGUGAUACCUAACAUUACUCAUCAGGAUAUUGAUGAUGGAACUUGUGAGUGGACAGAUGAGGAGAAGGCAACAUUUCUUCAAGCUGUAUCAUCUUUCGGUGAGGAUUUUAGGAUGAUUGCACAACAUGUAGGAACAAAGUCCAAAGAUCAGUGCAAGAGAUUUUUCAUCAAGGGUCAGAAAUCCCAUAGGUUGGAUCUCAUGCGCCACAGACUUGAAAAUAUUAGAUCUCUACUUAAUGAAAUAAAUCUUGGCAGGAGUGCUAACACUAAUGAUGCACGUGUUGUGGAGGCCAUUGGCAAUGAUAAGUUAGACACAGAAACAAAUGAUCACCAGCCUUCGUCUGCUGCGAACUUGAGCCAUGAUAAAUCCAAACAUAUGGAAGCUUGGAAUCAGUUGAUCGACUUAAAUGAAUCAAAGGAAAUUAAUAAAGAAUUUGAUCAUGAAGAUAAAAACAUUGUUUCUAGCACAUAUAACGGUGAGUCUAAACUGGUGGACACUGAUGGUUAUGGGGUUGUCUUGUACAAUUCUAAUAAGUCGAGUUCAGUCAAGGACAAGAGAGCUAAAACUAUGCCAGAUAUCAUGGAAGUUGGAAAAGAUAAAGGGGGAGAUGCAGUUACAGAAUUGGUGUCGUCUGCUUCUGAGAUAAUUGAACCAUGUCACUCUCAUUCUGUUGCUGAGGAUAGACUAGUUUCUGUGAUGUUGACAUCAUUUCCUACACGGCUCGAUGAUAAAGAUGGUAAACAUGGAGCUGAUAUGGAUGAUGAUGUGGUUGAAUUGAAAAGCCAAAGUCAUGAUUCAAACACCAAAGCAAAUACUUGCUUAUCAUCUGUGGUAGUUUCUUACUCAGCAUUGACUUUUGGUGCUGAAAAUCAGUCCAAACUAUUCCUGAAAAGGUCCAAUUAUUCAGGACUAUCCAUAGAGGAUCCUCUCCCAACUGCAAAUUCAAUGUUACAAAAUACCGUUCGUGCUGCGCAUGCUGUUCAACAAGAGAAAUCAGGUACCCGAGAUGGACUGUCUUUUAAGGAGCCUGUUAAAAAACAAGUGAAUGUGGAUAUGAGCUGCGUUGGUAUAGUAACUGAACCAACUCUUUUGUCGCAGAAGUUUCCACAAAUUGAUGACCAUCACAACACACAGUUGCCGUGUUUGUCAGGUUCAGAAAAAACGCCUGCAAAUCAUAUUGUUUUGAAACUGUUUGGGAAGACAAUGACCAUUCCUUCAUCCACUCAGAGGCCUGAUUCAAGUGAAGAUUCAAAGCAUUUUAUUGGGGAAAAAGAGAAAAAGAAAGAAGAGAAGUAGAUGCAAAGCACCCCCCGUGAAGGAUAUUUACCCUCCUGGCAAACAUUACUUUUGUCGUGCCUUGUUGUUAUAUAACUUUUUUUUAGUUAAAAACUUAUUUGAAACCAUAUAAUUAUGAGUGAAAUUCAUUAAAGUAGAAGAGACUUAUAAAGAGUUAUAAUUUCUACCGAAUUUCAGUCAAUAAUAAAGACUAUGCUACUAUUAUUUUUGUUUCUGUAUAUAGUAUAAUAAUGAUGGACAAUU